AUGGCGCCCAAGCAAAGCAAGGGAUAUAAGUCCUCUACUGAGCAGCCCGAGCAGCCGGAGCAACCGGAGCAGUCAGAGCAACCAGAGGACAUCAUCAUGGAAGAAGAACAGACAACGGCAGAUCCCAACAUUGCUUGCGGCUCUUCGGAAGACCCCUUGGUCAGUCAAAUCACUCAAAGCAUGAGUGAGAUGAGCCUGAAAGAGAUGAAGCGGGCUCUUCGCAAGAAGGUGGAAGAGAAGGAGGAGUUGGAGAACCGCAUGAAGGAGUUGACCAAACAACUCGCAGAGGAUAAGAAGAAGUUUAAGGAGCUGAUGGCACCGCUUCUGGAAAAGGAACGCCUUGAAAGAACCAAGAUGCGCCGCGAGGAAACCAAGAAGGCAGGUCAUGAGGACAGAGCCAGCUACAUCAACCUCGACAUCAUGUACAAGGGUGUGAAGUACCAAAUCAACGUCAAGAAAGGCAGCUCCACGGGCAAGUUGCGCGAAAAGCUGGUGGAGCUCUUCGGUCUCAAGAGCAAGCAACGCCUUGUUAUGGACUUCAAGGGGACUUACGUCUACAUCUCCAACAACGGUAAGUCCUACGGGUUGAAGCGGUGGAACACUCUUGGGGUCAACAGUGGCGAUUGCAUCAAUGUUUCGUUGCCGGACACCACCACCACAGAGAACACUGAGAACAACAACGAGGUGGAGAGUGCUGUGGAGCUCAAUGAGGAGGAGAACAGUGAGAGCGAGAGUGAGACCAGCGGGUCUGAGAAAAAUUCAGAGAAGUAG